AGCCCCGAGGGGGAGAUGACGAGGGGCGGUGCCCACCGGGGCCGGCAGCCGGUGCCCGGGGCGGGCUGGGGGUGGAAGCCGCCCGGCCCUGCCCGGCGCUGGGGCCGUUUCCUUUUCGCGCCGGCUGCCCGGCUUUUAAAGGCGGUGCGCCCGCUCCCGGCCCUAGAGCGCCGCCGGGCUUCUGAGCUGCGGUCCGUCCGGAGGCCACUCCAACCCGACCCAACCCAGUUCGGCUGCCGCGGAGCCCCCGUGCCCACGGGGCGGCAGCGGCUGUGCCUGGGGACCUCCCCAUGGGUGUCAGUCGGAGACAGCGUGGCGGGGCACUGCCCUAGGCUGCCCGGCGCCGGCCACAGCAUGCCGGCAGCGCUGCGCCUGCUGCUCCUGUGGUGCCUGUGCAGUUUCUGCCGCGGGUACUUUGAGGGUCCGCUGUACCCCGAGAUGUCCAAUGGGACUCUGCACCACUACUUCGUCCCCGAUGGGGACUACGAGGAGAACGACGACCCCGAGCGGUGCCAGUUGCUGUUCAGGGUGAGCGAGCAGCGGCGGUGUGGCACAGCGGCGGCGGCUGGCGGCGGGCUCAGCCUGCGGGAGGAGCUGACGGUGCUGGGCCGGCAGGUGGAGGACGCGGGCCGGGUGCUGGAGGGCAUCGGCAAGAGCAUCUCCUACGACCUGGACGGUGAGGAGAGCUACAGCACCUACCUGCGCCGAGAAUCCGCUCAGAUCAGCGACGCCUACUCUAGCUCAGACCGGUCGCUGAGCGAGCUGGAGGGCAAGUUCCGUCAGGGCCAGGAGCAGGGGGCUCGGGAGGAGGCUCGCCUGGGCGACAGCUUCCUGGGGCUGCUGCUGCACGCCCGCGCCCUGCUCCGGGAGACCCGACACAUCUCCAGCGGGCUGCGGGACAAGCACGACCUCCUCGCCCUCACCGUCCGCAGCCACGGCGCACGCCUCAGCCGCCUCAAGAACGACUAUCUCCGCGCCUGAGGCGGACGCCCAGCCGGCCUCCAGCCUCCCGCACCGGGCUCUGCCCGGCAGGAGCACCGCCGGGCCCGGAAAAAGAACUUAUUUAUUAUGUUUGACUCCCUAAACAAAUCUCGCUUUCCUAUAAGCCAGGAGGGUAGAGGUAUGUUUAAGUUAAUAUCCCGUAUUUAAAAAUAUCGCCUUGUGUUAUGUCCUUCAUCUUUGGUUACAAAGCAAAGUGAGCUUUUUCGUCUCCAAUUCCCCGCCGUUGGUUUAUGUAUCGCCUGUUCUACUGCAGCUCACCUGCUGCAAACGUGGAUAAGGCGAGGUGCUUGCCUGCCGCUCCCAAACUCACGUUAAUGAUGUUUAACUUGUUUUUGUACUCUCCUUAGCGGUGAAACCUCUGGCUAUUAAUUUUCUUAAUCUGUUGUAAUGGUAUGUACCCUACACACGUUAAACGUUGUUCUCUUACAUAACUUAAAGCUGUGAUUUCUAUUUGUGUUCUGAAAGAUGGAAACUAUUCUGACAGGAUUUGUACUCUUCCAGGCUUGCUUAUCUGUGACUUUAAGCUAUCACAACCCCAAAAGCCAGCCAAAAAGGCUGAUGUCAGAUCCCAAGAAUGCUGAUGCAUGUCUUUGUAGUAAGAAGGAGCCCUAACAGUGAUUGUAGUUUCAGAUCCCAAAUAUGAGAGCCAGGUUUCUUAGAGCAUGUUUCUAAAGCAGACAAAAAGGUUUUGUCUGUACUAGCACAGUGGCAUAUCUUGUUGGUGCCUUUGUACUUUUGCUAGCUAAGCUAUUAAUAACAUUAUUUCUGUUCCUAGACAAUAGCAAAAGCGCCUAGUGGGUAGGAGGGGGAAGGCUGUUUGGGUUUUUAAUUUGCUAUUUAAUUGUCAAUUUGGGGUAAUAUGGCUACUAGGUUACAGAUACUGCAGGGGGAAUCACUGGGUGAAAAAAAGUUCAUAUGUUGUUUUAAUAAAUAUUUAAAAACCA